CGUAAAACGUAGCUGAGGCAGAUGCGCUGAGCUGCGAAUCAUGCCUUGUGGACGAAUAAAUGUUUGUGGAAAUGAACAGGUUGCUGUGGAGGACAAGGCCAAAGCCAGCUGAGUGAUCUCUUGACAUUUUAACUAAUCCCUUCUAGCUUGUGGUUUCUUGCACAUUUGUGAUAUUUGCUAGCAGCCAGAAUUGGCUUUUUCACAUAUGCAACCUGUCAUGUUGGAUUGAACGGUGACAUGGUAGAGACCGGGAAUGUGAUGGCUCUGAUGCUGAAGUGGACUGUGAUUACAUUUAGAUGACACCGCUGGCUUGAGGCUAGCACCCUUUCUGUGGCUUGAGAAGUGGAUUCUUUAACUGCUCUGAUGUCUCACAUGUUGGCAAAGUUCUCACCACCAAGCCAGGAGUGUUUCUAAACCUUUGUAUGUUACAGUCUGGCUUCCUCUGACAGCCUUUGCUACUGUUUUGAAUCUGCUAGCAAACAUUAGCUUCCAUUGUCUACUGGUUUACAGCGUCUUAGCUGAGGUGUCAUCAGUUGUGAUAAAACUUUGGACUGACUUUUUGGAUUUCCUGUGAUUGCUUAUUUGUUUAUAGCAUCUUUGGCAAGCCACAGUGGUGUUGCGUGAUGCGUGUGAGGGGACAGGGUGUACCUGCCGCGGCCCCGUGUUUUGUGGCUCUGGGCGAACACACGGUACCUGUCAAAAGCAGUUAGAGCUGUGCUCAGCAGCCUGCCCUGCAUGGCAUCUCGUCAGACGCCAGCUGAACUUUUCACUUGUCAAUUCUGAAAGGUUAGCGCCAAAAUCAGCAGCGACAGAUGCAAAUGGAUGGAUGCUUUCUUGGCAUUUUUGUGCAGGGAUGCUUGAUGUUGCCUGGCCCAUCUUGCCUGCCUCCUCCCACCUCUGUUUUGCUGUUUUUUCCUUUUAGAAAACAGCUGUUGGGGAGGCCAGGUGGAACUAAAGAUGAAAUACAAUGACCAGCAUUGCAAGUCCAGAGGUCUCCUUCCAGGCCAUCGCUGGUAUGAGAUCCAGGCCUACAGAGCCCUAAACCAGGCACUGGGGAGAUGCAUCCGGCACAGAAAUGACUGGGGUGCCCUGAUUCUGGUGGAUGACCGAUACAAGAAUAAUCCUAAUAAAUACAUUGCAGGUUUGUCUAAAUGGGUCCGCCAGCUUGUCCAGCAUCACAACACCUUCAGCAAUGCUAUGCAGUCUCUGGAAGCUUUCACUAAGGUGCAGCAGAAUGUGGAGGUGGCCCCUGUGAACAGCCUGGCAUUCAGCGUUUCUGAUUUGUCUGAAAAUAGUCCCUUGUUUGUGUCGGCUCAGAGUUUUAGUGGAGAACCAGAACCUCGGAGAACCAGUUCAUUUGACAAACCCUCUUAUUCCCAGCAGAACACAAUCACACAGCUGAAAACUGAACACCAUAACACAGCAGGUGAGGAAACAUAACAUUUUUGUUUAAUGAGGCAUUUACACACCCAACAUUUGUACCAGGAUUACUGCUGUGUUUUUCUAUCUUGUAUCUUUGAAGUUCCAUCAUGUCUGAUAUGACUAAAGUAAGAUUUCUUGGCCACUUUUACAUAACAAAUAUAAAUAAAGGAACAAAUUAACUGAAUAACUAUCAAGGUAUGAAAAGACAUUAAUGUAUGAAAGGAAAGCAAUAUAAGGAUCGGAGAAGAGGAUACACAGAUUCAAUAUCAAGAUGUGCUGGAGGAUUUGUGAUGAGAUUCACACAUUGGUUCAUGUUGGGAUGUUUAGAGCUGUAAAAGAAUUUUAGAAUACUUAAGGUACCAAAUAUAAUUUCCAAUUUUUCCAAAUUCAUACUGGAAAAAUUGUAUUAUGAAUUUUUUAUACUACAUAUAUACCUAUAUGAGCUCCAGUUUUUUCAUACGCUACGGUUUCAGAACAACUUAAAAAAGACCAUGUAAUUCAUACUCUAAUGGUUCAGCCUUAUCAUAUUUCUAUCUUUAUCAGUUUGAGUAAGAGCAUACUCCAAACUCCCAGCAACUCUUUAAACGGGUCCAGAAUGCUGAUCCUGUUCACCACAUUAACCUUGUAUUGACACUACAGGUUGGCGUGUACAAUAUUUAAAGUUUAAAGCGGUAUAUUUGGACAGUACUGUUUGUUUAAUUUAGCUAAAAAAAAUUUAUUCAUUCUGGGAACUCAGAC